AUGGAGCGAGCGGCGGCCCUGAACGAGAGCGCGGCGGCGGCUCCCUGGCUCCCGGGCCGCGGGGGCAACGCGUCGCUGGAGCUCUCCUCGCGGCCCCCCGCGGCCCCCACCAUCAACCCCUGGGACGUGAUGCUGUGCGUCUCCGGCACCGCCAUCGCCUGCGAGAACGCCAUCGUGGUGGCCAUCAUCUGCUACUCGCCCAGCCUGCGGACCCCCAUGUUCGUGCUCAUCGGGAGCCUGGCCACGGCGGACCUGCUGGCGGGGCUCGGCCUCAUCCUCAACUUUGUUUUCCAGUACGUGAUCCGGUCCGAGACGGUCAGCCUCAUCACUGUGGGGUUCCUCGUUGCCUCAUUCACAGCGUCCGUGAGUAGCUUGCUGGCCAUCACGGUUGAUCGCUACCUUUCCCUCUACAAUGCCCUCACCUACUACUCAGAGAGGACUGUGCUGUGCAUUCACACCAUGCUGGUGGGCACCUGGGGGGUCUCCCUGUGCCUGGGACUGCUGCCAGUCCUGGGCUGGAACUGCCUCCACGACUACGCCACUUGCAGCAUUGUCAGACCCUUGACCAAAAGCAACGUGACUUUGCUGUCUGCCUCUUUCUUUCUGAUUUUUAUCAUCAUGCUCCAUCUCUACAUUGAAAUCUGUAAAAUAGUUUGCAGACAUGCCCAUCAGAUAGCUCUACAGCAGCAUUUUCUGACUGCAUCACACUAUGUUGCUACCAGAAAAGGAGUGUCUACUCUUGCUAUAAUCCUUGGGACUUUCGGAGCAAGCUGGCUACCUUUUGCGAUCUAUUGUGUAGUCGGAGAUCCUGACUACCCUUCUGUUUACACUUAUGCCACGCUUCUACCUGCUACUUACAACUCCAUGAUCAAUCCUAUCAUUUAUGCCUACAGAAAUCAAGAAAUUCAGAGGUCCAUGUGGGUUCUCUUUUGUGGCUGCUUUCAGUCUAAAGUGUCCUUUCGUUCACGGUCCCCUAGCGAUGUCUAA